AUGCACCACCAACCACCAAAUCGAGAAAGAGCUUUCAAUCUGUCAGUCCUAAUGGUGUCCGGACCGGGUGAGUUUUCCCGUGUUGAGUCAAAUUAAGCCGCAAGCUCCACGCCUUGUGGUGCCCUUCCGUCAAUUUCUUUAAGUUUCAGCUUUGCAACCAUACUACCCCCGGAACCGAAAGACUUUCGUUUCCGGAUAGCUCCUCGGCAAGGCAAAAACCCUCCGAAUCGCGAGAUGGCAUCGUUUACGGUCAGAACUAGGGCGGUAUCUAAUCGCCUUCGAACCUCUGACUUUCGUUCUUGAUUAAUGAAGACAUUCUUGGCAAAUGCUUUCGCUGUUGGGCGUCUCACUACGGUCCACGAAUUUCACCUCUCGCGUAAUGAUACGAAUGCCCCCGGUUUGUCCCUCUUAACCAUUAAAUCAGUUCUAGAACCAACAAAAAGAACCGAAGUCCUGUUUCAUUAUUCCAUGAUGAGCUAUUCAAGCAAGCGCUUGUAUUGAGCACUCUGAUUUGUUCAAGGUAAACCUGCUGGCAGCUGAUGGCGAACCACCCUCAAACCAGCUGAUAGAAGCUACGACCAAAGUUAACGCUAAAAGCGAACUACAGUACGUAACCUAGAUCCAACUACGAGCUUUUUAACCGCAGCAAUAACGAGAUACACUAGGAGAGCUGGAAUUACCGCGGCUGCUGGCACCAGACUUGCCCUCUCCUUGUUACUCGAAGAAUUGUUUAAAUUCAACUCAUUGAAAUAA